AUGGGCAUGCCUGGGUUCAACGCUAGAGAUGGGACCAGUGUGGAGAUAUCCCAAUCCGCGGCUCAACCAGAACUAGAUCCAGAGCCUCCAUCAGAAAAAAUAGGGACAGACGCCGAGACAGGGGCGCAGACAGGGGCAGAAACCGGCGCAGGAGACAUUCCAGCUGAAAGAGUGAACCCUGACGAUGGCGGGGCAAAACCGAAGAAGUCUCUUGCAUUCAAGCUCGCCUUCAUUGGCCUCGCUGCCAGUCUGUUUGUGUUCCAGCUAGAUGCAACAGCCCUCGGUAUCGCUCUUCCAACUAUAGCUGCGGACCUCAAUGGCGGAAGUUUAGAGUCCUUCUGGGCCAACUUGUCCUACACGCUCUGCGGUCUGGUCAUGCAGCCAGUGUGGGCCAGUAUCUCCAACGCAUUCGGUCGCAAACCACCGUUGUAUGUGUCGAUGGGGCUGUUCUUCAUCGGAUCCAUUGUCUUUGCCGUCGCCCAGAACAUGAACACGGUUAUCGUGGGCCGCGUCCUGCAAGGGUUCGGCGGCGGAGGGAUUGACGUGCUCGCAGAGGUGAUUCUCGCCGAUAUGACGACUCUGGAGGAGCGCUCGAAGUAUCUCGGCCUGAUGGCCAUCCCCAUGGCUGUGGGGAAUAUUAUGGGACCCUCUGUCGGUGCCCUCUUCUCUACCUAUGCUAGCUGGAGAUGGAUUGGAUGGAUUAACCUCCCGUUGCUGGGGAUCGGGACUCCCUUGGUGUUCUUCUUCCUGAAACUACGCCCCGUUCCCCUCGAUGCAUCGCUCGCUAAGAAUCUGGAGCGCCUCGACUGGAUCGGCAUGGCGCUGGUCGUGGUGGGUAUCACUAUCUUCGUCCUACCCCUCAGUUGGGCCGGCUCCCUCUUCCCGUGGGUCUCGUGGCAGACUCUCGUACCACUGUUGUUGGGAGUUGCGGUGCUGGUCGUCUUUGGCUUUUACGAGGCGAGACCUGCAGCUCCAAUUGUUCCGCACCGUCUGUUCCACUCAAAGACCGGAAACAUGACGCUGAUCGGAGGCUUUCUGCAUGGCGCAGUUCUGGUCUCGCUGCUACAGUAUCUCCCUCUGCUCUACCAGGCCGUCCAACUCGAAUCGGCAAUCCUCUCUGCCGUCUCUUUGCUUCCCACUGUCUUUCUCAGUGUCACCUUCGCCGCCAUCUCUAUGAUGAUGGUGCCGUUGUUUGGGGGAUAUGUCUGGAUUCUGAGGCUGUCCUGGGUCAUCCUCACGCUUGGAACCGGCCUGCUCGCUUUGUUCGACGUUGGAUCCUCAUCCUCCAUGCGUUUUGGACUUCCAAUCCUCUGGGGUGUGGGUGUGGCCUUGCUCCGCCUCAACUUGCUUCCUAUGCAAGCGAGCGUCAAGAAUGUUGACGAUACCGGCCUGGCGAUCGGACAGUUUCUCACCAUCCGUAUGUUCGGCGGUCUCGUGGGUCUGACGAUUGCGUCGACGAUUUUCAACACUGUCUUCUCGAACUCUAUCGCCUCGUCUGCGGUCCAACUGACUGGUCCUUUGGCACCUCUUCGCGAUACCUCCAAUGCGGUUGCGUUUAUUGACAAGCUGCGGUCACUGGACAUCUCUUCGGAGGCCCUUGAUCCGGUGCUCAGGGUGUACCUGAAGUGUUUCCAGACCAUAUUCUACACGAUGACGGGGCUGAGCGGACUGGGAUUGGUGACUUCGAUAUGGAUAGAUGAGAUUGACCUCAAAAGCCAGAGCCUGGGUAACCAGCGCUUCGAGGACUAG